GUAGAGCGAAGAAAACACUCACUCGUCCCUAACACGACAUAAACCUAGGCAAAAGUCAUGGAACGUCCUGACACUGAUUCCGACAACGCUCGCCGGUUGCAGACGGAGGAGGUUUUAGCCUCUCUCUCUUCCCGAUCUCGUACUCCCCAACAGCAACCGAGUGUGCAAACGUCUGCUCCCGCUACCGCCGCGGAAAACGGCCGGAACAGUUCGGCGCCUAAAGGAGGUUCGAAGAACGCGCGUCGAAGAAACUCCGGAGGCAAAGGGAAAGCCGACGAAGCAGCCGCCGCUGGAGUACGGGGAGGUUACCGAAACCCUAACGCUAAAGUCGGCAACUUUCGAAAUGAGUACGUGUAUGUUCCUAAGAAGCCUUCGCCGUCGGUUGUUAGUUCGGCGAAAUCAGUCGGCGAGGGUGGUUCGACGGUUAAUGCCGUUACGGGAAAGUUUAGCGGAGAUGUGUUGUACAGACUUUACUUUAAGGGUUUGGUGAGUGAAGAGAGUGUGGCUGGGAAGGGGAAUGGGAAAGGGAAGAUGGCUGACGUGGCGGCUGGAUUUGGGGUUGCGAUUUGCGACCAGAGGGAUGGUUUGUUGUUUGAGUUAAAGGGGGAACUGAUUGGUCGUGACACGAACCCUCGGGGAGCGGAGAUUAAGGCGUUGACACGUGGGCUAACCGAAGCAUCGAAGCUUGGGAUCAAACAUGUUGUUAUGUUCUGCGACUCGUAUCCCAUUUUCCAAUACGUCAGGGGGAACUGGGUGCCUAAUCAAAAAAAGAUUUCAAUGCUGAUGGAUGAUCUUUCACGGAUCAGGCAACAGUUCACGUUUACUAACCCUGUUCUGGUACCUGGAAACGAAGUCAAAUUUGCUUAUAAACUCGCCAGGGAAUCGAUAGCUUCUAAAUCCAACCCUCGUGGUGUUGCUCGCCGAGCAAAAGUAGCUUGGAAAGAAGAAUGUCUCAUCUGCUACAACGAAACCGAUAUCGAGCGCAUGUUCUCCGUCGGUAAAUGCCCUCACCGCUUUUGCUUCCACUGCUCGAAGCAACACGUAGAGGUGAAGCUGCUUCACGGAACGGUUCCAAACUGUCCUCACGAUGGCUGCAACUCUGAGAUGGCUAUGGACGCGUGUCGCAAGCUUCUGACUCCCAAACUGAGUGAAAUGUGGAAGCAAAGGGUUAAAGAUAACGCGAUACCUGUCGCGGAGAGAGUCUACUGCCCUUACCCGAGGUGUUCGGCUUUGAUGUCCAAAGCCAAGAUAACUGAAUCCGCCAAGAGCUUGCUCUCUGUCUACCCUGAAUCUGGAGUCAGGAGAUGCGUUGAGUGUCGUGGACUCUUCUGUGUGGACUGUAAGGUCCCGUGGCAUGGGAAGGUGUCGUGCACUGAAUACAAGAAUCAGCAUCCUAAUCCUCCAGCUGAUGAUGUGAAGCUGAACUCUAUGGCAAAUAACAAAACGUGGGGGCAAUGUGACAAGUGCCAACACGUGAUUGGACUUACACAAGGGUGCAAUCACAUAACUUGCAGGUGUGGUUAUGUGUUUUGCUACAACUGUGGAGGAGAAAGGAACAAGGAGACAAGGACUUGUGCUAAAAACUGCCCGACCUUGGAGGAAGCAUACUUCACGCGUCAAGGUCCAGCGCGUGGCUACUAUGAUUAUGAUGAUGAAGAAGACUAUGAAGAUGAUAAUGAAGAUUAUGACGACUAUGAAGAUGAUGAAGAUUUUGAUUACGGCUUUGGUGACUUCCCCUUUGGUUUUGGGCAGAAUAUGAAUGAUGCUAAAGAUCCCUUUGAUCCUUACUCCGAACUGCCACAUGGUGUGCCCCAUUCCCGUCGGAUGCUGGAGUAUAAAGCUCUCCACGACAUGCUCCGCCCGGGUGAGGAGUUUGCAAGUGAGGACUGCCCAUACUUUGGAAAGUAUGGCAAGUACGCUACAUUUUAUGACUCGGACGGCUAUGAAUACGACGAUUACUCCAACCCUUUCCAUCCUGACUACGACUGAGGUUUCUGUCUGGAACCAAGCUUGUUGUUCUCUUUUCGCAUUUUACUUUUCCAGGACCAAACUCUUUGUUUCUGUCUUUAACCUCUUUGUUUUGAGGUUCAUGUUUCCGUGACUUGUUCCGUUUGAGUUUGGUUGAUUCAGAACUUGUAGUAACGUAUCUAUCUAUUCUACUUGCUUCCACUAA